UAGGUUCCGGCCCUUUGUGCCCCACAUCCCCUUUGAUUUCUAUGUCUGUGAAAUGGCUUUUCCCCGUGUCAAGCCUGCUGCUGAUGAGACAGCCUUCAGCGAAGCCCUGCUGAAGAGAAACCAGGACCUUGCUCCCACUGCUGCUGAACAGGCUUCCAUUCUCUCCCUGGUGACCAAAAUAAACAACGUGAUUGACAAUCUGAUUGUGGCACCUGGAACUUUUGAAGUGCAAAUCGAGGAGGUUCGCCAGGUGGGUUCCUACAAGAAGGGCACCAUGACCACAGGGCACAACGUGGCUGACCUGGUGGUGAUCCUGAAGAUCCUGCCCACCCUGGAAGCUGUGGCAGCUUUGGGAAACAAAGUGGUGGAAAGCCUGAGGGCACAGGACCCCAGCGAAGUCCUGACCAUGCUGACCAAUGAGACUGGCUUCGAGAUCAGCUCUGCUGACGCCACGGUGAAGAUCCUGAUCACCACUGUGCCUCCCAACCUGCGCAAGCUGGACCCUGAGCUGCACCUGGACAUUAAAGUGCUGCAGAGCGCCCUGGCCGCCAUCAGGCACGCGCGCUGGUUCGAGGAGAAUGCCUCCCAGUCCACGGUGAAGGUCCUGAUCCGGCUCCUCAAAGACUUGAGGAUUCGCUUUCCUGGCUUUGAGCCUCUCACACCAUGGAUCCUCGACCUGCUGGGGCACUACGCUGUGAUGAACAACCCCACCAGGCAGCCCCUGGCUCUCAACAUUGCCUACAGACGCUGCCUGCAGAUCCUGGCCGCGGGGCUGUUCCUGCCUGGCUCCGUGGGCAUCACCGACCCCUGUGAGAGUGGCAACUUCCGUGUGCACACCGUCAUGACCCUGGAGCAGCAGGACAUGGUCUGCUACACCGCACAGACCCUGGUCAGGAUCCUCUCGCAUGGAGGCUACAGGAAGAUCCUGGGCCAGGAGGGAGAUGCCAGCUACCUGGCUUCUGAAAUGUCCACGUGGGAUGGAGUAAUAGUGACCCCUUCAGAGAAGGCUUAUGAGAAACCUCCAGAGAAGAAGGAAGGAGAAGAGGAAGAGGAGAAUCAGGAGGAACCCGCUACAGGCGAGGAGGAGGAGAGCAUGGAGACACAGGAGUGACUCACCCAGGGCUUGUCCCUCCUCUGCAGCAGGACCUCC